ACAAGAAAUUAAAAUCUCAUGAGAAAAAAAGGCCAUCUGGUGGUGAUAUUGAUGGAUAUAUUGAAAGGAAAUGGCGAUUCUUCGAUGACACACUCCCCAAGCACAUACAUCCUUCAAGCUACACACAAUUUGCAGAAUUUGCUGAUCUGCAGAAAAAGUAUGAACAACCCAUUUUGUGUCAUCGACUUCCAGGUGCCUCUUCUACACCAGUCACAUUGUUGCAUCCAAUCUUUGGUCAAUUUGCAGAUGAUUGUAAAAGUGGGAGGCCUACGUCAGAGGAUUUCCAAUUUAUUCUGAAGCUAUCAUACAAGAUGUCUCUGUUCUAUAAUAUGAAACAAGAACAUGCACAG